AUGAGAUUGUUUGUCAUCUUCUUCUUCCUCUUCAUUGCCAUCGCUUCUGCAUUCGAAGCCAAGGACGAAGUGCCAUGCUCAGAUGACUCCCAGUGUGCGCAAAAGCAAUGCCCUCCGGGAGAGACCGCCAAAUGUGUCGACAUGGGCAAGAAGUUGUGCGCUUGUGCUUGAGCUCAAUUUGCGAUUGAAUUUGAAAUUUGUUCUGGUAAAUAAACGGCCAAUUCUUCGUGGAAUGCCUUGUUCCUAUUAGUACUCUCAUAUCAGUCAGUCGGGAAAAUAAUGAGCACUCUGUCGCAUCGAAAAUUGCAACGCCGCCGAGAAGAUGAAUGGUUCGUUUCAUUUAUUUCACUAAUCAUAUGUAAAGAUCAAGGAGUGAAUCAGUAUGGCUCCCACUGCCCAGAAGGGACACUGGGAUCAAUACAAGGUCAUUUCAUAACACAGACAUCUCUUGAGCAUGGUGUCACAUAAGGGGUACAUUCUCAGAGUUCAUGGCGCUUCAGCACACUGGGUGUCAUCUGUGCAUGAUACGUCGCCAUUGGCUAUUUAGGUCGCAGAGGCGAUGGCAAUGAAGACGAAAAGGAGGAAGAUGACAAACAAUUUCAUGGUGAAUCUUGUUAUUAAAAAGCUUUGUGCAAUAAAAAGCCACGUUAAAGACGGCGUGCGUUCACACUGUAAAAAUGGAAAUAUUUGGAUUUUAUUGGCUUUGAAGGUUCGAAUGUAAAAUUUAAAAUUCUAAAAUUGGGAAAACGCGAUGUUCAGCGGGGAAUGUUAAUGAUUUUUAAUGCAAUCUGCCGCUCAACAUGAAUAUGGAAUUUACAGCGUUUGCAGAUCACAUAGGACCUGGCGAAUGAAGAUGGAUAUCAGUUUGCCUGGAAAAGUUUCAAAUUUACAGGGUCUUACAAAAAACUUGAAGGAAAGUCGGAGGCUAUAACUUCCGGCGGAGGCGGCGCAGAGACUUCGUCUUUGGAAUACGUAUUUUUAAGCGACAUUAAUUUUUGUCUACGAAAUAGCUAGAUUUUAAAGUGCAAACUGAGGUCGCUACGACCUUCUGAAGUAGAGGCAUUCCUACCCCGAAAACCAGUGUUUUUCGGUUGAAAAUGACUGAGAAAUUUCGAAGUUUUUCGGUUGAAAAUCACCGAGAAAUGUCGGGUUUUUUUCGGGGUUUUCGAUAAGGUUGAUGUUGAGAAAGAACAAAGAAGGAAAUUGCCAAAACGUUGCAAGCUUUGCAAAAAUUCGGCUACACUUCAUUUGGGGCAGAUUUCAUUUAGGGGCUUUUCAUUUGAGGACUUGGGGAACAUGGAUUGGCUAGCCAUCGUGCCAGACUGGUUUUGAGGUCUCAAAAAAAGGAUGCCAAUAGGGUUGGAAGUGUCAGAGAGCAGAAAUGACAGCCAAUUUUUUUAAAAUGGCUAGCCAAAAACGUGGAACGGCAAACCAAAAAGUGAUGAUGAAGGGCAGCGCAAUGUUUGCAAAACUUGCAACGUUUUGGCAAUUUCCUUCUUUGUUCUCAACGUCAACCUUAUCGAAAACCCCGAAAAAAUCCAACAUUUAUUUGACUGUUUAACGUUGUCGGACAUUAAAAGUUGUCCAAAGUAAUAUAAUCCAUAAGGUAAAAAACUUACAACGAUUUGCUUCAAACUUUGCACGCUACUUUAGAAUACAAUACUCUGAAGAUCGUUGUAAUCACUUUUCAUGUUUCAAUAGUUUUGGACAAGUUAUUGGGCCGCAAAGUUCGCAAAAAUUCGAUUUUCUCAGGCGUUUUUCCGCUAACCCGGUGGCCGAAAACCCGUCAAAAUCUACUAAUUUAAAAAUUAUGAGUCCUUGGCAAUAUUUCAAUUGCAGGUUCAUGUUAUUUUGUGCAUUAUCCACUGCACAGCAAGCUAAAACAUUAGAGCCCCUUAAAAAACCGAAUGCCAAAAAUCUUGGCAUUCUGUUUGUGGUUGAUGUGCGACGGGCUGAUACUGUAACGGAAAGCCCCUGCAAACAGCCACUCGUCGCCUCAUGAUAAUAUGUAUCAACGAUUUCCAAAGGCACGAAAAGAAUUGCGCACUGUCUCGAACGAUUGGUAGCUGGGGAAAACGCAUGCCUUCUGCCAGUUGCACCACAGAGUCCCAUGUGAUCUGCACACACUGUAAAUUCCAUAUUCAUGUCGAGCGGUAGAUUCCAUUAAAAAUCAUUAACAUUCCCCGCUGAACAUCGCGUUUUCACAAUUUUAGAAUUUUAAAUUUUACAUUCGAACCUUCAAAGCCAAUAAAAUUCACAUAUUUCCAUUUUUACAAUGUGAAUGUACGACGUUUUUAACGUGUUUUUUAUUGCACAAAGCUCUUUAUAAGGCUUCGGUUGGAGAUUGGGUUCAACAAGAUUCACCAUGAGAUUGUUUGUCAUCUUCUUCUUCCUCUUCAUUGCCAUCGCUUCUGCGAUCGAAGUGGCCAAGGACGAAGUGCCGUGCUCAGAUGACUCCCAGUGUUCGCAAAAGCAAUGCCCUCCGGGAGAGACCGCCAAAUGUGUCGACAUGGGCAAGAAGUUGUGCGUUUGUGCUUGA